CAGCCUCGACCUGGUCACCCUGGCAGCUUGAGCGUCUCGCAGUCUGCAGCGCUCAAGACGUUUGAACAGGAGCUGGGCCGAUUGGAUGCGCUGCCUAUAGGAUAUGAAGCGGAUGCCACAGAAGAGGAGAAGUUGUGGGCUCAGGUCACCCUAACCCGUUACCUGCGGGCAAGAUCAUGGAACGUCAACAAUGCUCUGACGAUGUACAAUGCCACACAGAAAUGGAGAACCUCGCAGAGAUUGGGCGACUUGGUGGACCCCUCCUCUUCGAGCUACUUCACCUUUGAUGAGAGAGAUGCCGUGGCGGAGGCUGGUUGGUCGAUGUACUUUCACAAUACCGACAAGCUCGGCAGGCCUAUCUUUGUCCAAGGGCUCGCGGGUCUGGAUACCGUCAAGCUGCUCAAAGCAACGACGCCGGAGCGUAUCCAGACAAACUUCUGCUGCACCCUGGAGAAGGCAUGCCAAACAAGAUAUCGCGCUGCGACGCAAGCCAGGCGCUCUCUUGGCGACACCACAGCUCUUAUAGAUGACAACUUCAUGAUUGUGGACAUUGGCGGCUUGGGCAUGUCAACCUUCUGGGCUUUCAAAGGCCAGCUUCAAGGGCUUCUGGCGACGCUAGACGCCAACUUUCCCGAGCUCUCGGGGCGCGUGCAGAUCAUCAAUGCGCCGUGGCUCUUUAGCAGUAUCUGGGCUUAUAUCAAGGGCUGGCUGCCCGUCGGCACGGUAGAUAAGAUUGACAUCCAAGGAGCGGACUACAAAUCUACCCUGCUCCAGUACAUAGAUGCGGACCAGCUGCCUGCUUUCUACGGCGGAGCGUGCCGAUGCAGCGAAGGGUGCCAAAAGAGCGACGUUGGUCCUUGG